UCACCCCCUUUCCGCCCAGUCUGUGGAUCCUCCCCCCGGCGAGCACCGGAAAUCGUGUGAGGAGGGGGCGGAGGACGCUGUGAGGGGGAGCGGACAACAUGGCAGCGAAUCCACGUUUGGUGUUUCUCCAGGCAUUUGCCCUUCUUGCCAGUGUCCAGGCCUUGACUCCAAGCCACUACCUGAGCAAGACCGAUGUGGAAAGGCUUAAAGGGGUUCUAGAACAUCCAUUGUCUAACCUGGAGAACGCUUAUUAUUACAUUGUAGGAUUUGAGCACCUGGGUGGCAGCAUCUCUGAUGAAAAGGCUGCCUGUGAUUUCAUCCGCUCAAAUGUAGAUACCAGUAACGUGGAUUCGCUGUUCUAUGCCGCUCAGUCCAGCCAAGGCCUGAACAACUGUGAGGUACCAAUCUCCAAUGAAACCCGUGAUUUGAUUCUUGGUGCCAUCAAUGAGGACUCCUCAGUCACCCAGAUAUACCAUGCAGUGGGUGCCCUCGCUGGCUUUGGCCUCCCUCUGGCUUCGCAGGAAGUGGUCGGUGCCCUCACCACCAGACUGAGCAAGGAAGAGAAUGUCUUGGCUACAAUUGAAGCUCUUUUAACUGCCUCCAUGCUGUCCCAGCAAGCCGACCUGCGUGGCAUUGUGGAAGAAAUAGAAGAUCUGGUGGCACGUUUGGAUGACCUGGGCGGUCAGUAUCUACAGUUUGAGGAAGGUCUUGAAGCCACGGCUCUGUUUGUGGCAGCUACUUACAGCCUGUCAGACCACGUUGGCAUGGAGCCCGCUCUGAAGGAGGAACAGAUAGUCCAGCUGGUGAAUGCCAUCUUUAGCAGGAAGAACUUUGAUUCUCUCUCAGAAGCCUUCAGUGUGGCAUUUGCAGCCUCUGCUCUAUCCCACAAUCGCUACCACCUUCCCCUCAUAGUGGUGCCUGAUGGACCUGCCGCUGUGUCUCACAAACAACCUCUCCUUAAGUUGCUGGUUACAAACGUCCUUUCUCAGCCGUUGACAGAAGCCAAAGUAACGGUGAAUCAAGCCAAGUCCAGCAGCACCAAAGCAACAAUAUUGCAGCAUGCUUCAUUUGCAGUCGCUGGAGACUUAUUUGAAUUGAAUUUCAUGGAUUCCAAACCAGCUAGCGGGUACUACGACUUCGCUAUAAGCGUGGAGGGUGACAGUCGUUACAUGGCAAAUCAGGUUGAGCUGAAGGUAAAAGUGUCCACAGAGGUUGGAAUCAGCAAUGUUGACCUGUCUGUUGUAGACAAAGACCAGAGUAUCUCUCCUAAAACUUCCAGGGUUUUGUUCCCCUCCAAAGCCAAGGGACCUUUGACUGCUGAUGGCCACCAGAACUUUGCUUUGUCUUUCCUGCUUGCUGAUGUGAACACAGGGGCCAGUCUAACACCACAUCAGACAUUCGUUCGGCUACACAACCAAAAAACCGGCCAGGAAGUUGUGUUUGUAGCUGAGCCAGACACCAAGGGAACCUACCGGUUUGAGCUGGACCCAACUGAAAGAAAGUCUGAGUUUGACUCUGCAUCUGGAACCUAUACUCUGUUCCUGAUGGUAGGAGACGCUACUCUGGAGAAUCCAAUACUUUGGAAUAUGGCUGAUGUGGUGAUUAAGUUUCCUGAGGAAGACGCUCCAACCCCUAUGCAGAGCAAGAGCCUGUUCACUCCAAAACCAGACAUACAGCACUUAUUCCGGGAGCCUGAGAAGCGACCCCCCACCGUUGUAUCAACCACAUUCACUGCUCUGGUCUUGGCCCCACUGCUCCUGCUCUUCAUCCUUUGGAUUAAGAUUGGUGUGAAUAUCUCCAACUUCAGCUUUGCUCCCAGCACUCUAAUCUUCCACCUGGGACAUGCAGCUAUGCUGGGCCUGAUGUAUGUCUACUGGACCCAUCUGAACAUGUUCCAGACCCUGAAAUACCUGGCCAUACUUGGAAUUGUCACUUUCCUUGCAGGAAACCGCAUGCUUGCCCAAAAAGCAGUCAAGAGAACACCCACAAGCGGAGAAAAGGACACAAAGAAAACACAUUAAAAUGCCAGCGUUCAUUUGUACAAGUUCAAACUGCAGUCCCUAUUGAGUUUUUUUUUUGUUUUUUUUAAUGUGCCCGAAUUUGUGUCUUUUGCACUGAUCGUACUGUGACAGUCCCUCCAUACUAUUGUUGCCCUUCUACAUUGAAACCACUGUGAGAUCCAUUCCAGAUAUUUCAUAAGCGGACAUCAUCCUCUGCCUGGGGAGGCCGCGAUCCAGACGUUGGCUUGAGUCGGUCACCUGAGCAGCUUCAUACAUUGACAAAGCAUUGACAUCGGGUGGUUGGGGACUGGCACUUUUUUUUUUUUUGUUUGGGGGCACGAGAAGUGAAAGGGGAGGAGAGGAAUUGGGACUUUAAUAUGUUCUUCUCCAGAAAAUAAAUUGGAAGGUGAGAGGGA